GGACUACGCCGCGAUGAAGACUCCAACGUGUUAUCGGAGGGUCGACGCGCACAUACCGUCUGCCACGCUAGGUUGGAACUUGAGCGCAUGGUGCUACUUACCAUCCGACGGAUCGAAUGCGUCACCCGUGAUCAUCAUGGGUCAUGGGUUAUCGUGCACCAAAGCCAUGCAGCUCGAACCUUUUGCAAAAGUAUUUGCUGCUGCCGGAUAUGCAUGCAUUGUGUUUGACUAUCGUCGAUGGGGAAAUUCCGAUGGUACACCUCGUCAUUGUGUUUCUAGUAAGGAACAAGUGGAGGACUAUACGAGCGUCGUCACCUACUGCAAGACAAGUCACGAGUUCAACCGGCGUCCUAUUGUCCUGUGGGGUUUUAGUGCAGCCGGGGCUCACUGUUUGACACUUGCCGCAGAGGUAACAUUUCCCAUGUCUUGGGCUCGCAUCUUUUGACCUCAUCACCCACUCCCAAAACAAUUUCCCUAUCUGAAACCGAAAAACAGAAACAGUUUGACGUGUCCUCCAUAAUUGUGUGUGCACCGCAUACUCGGCCUCAUUUGGAACUAUCGUUGUG